CGAUGUCGAGCCCGACAUUGGCCGUCAAGGCGAUGGAGAGGCAUCCGCCGUCCUGCCCCGUGCACGAAGGGUACAAGUGCUACCCGGUGGCAUGCCCUGGUGGAGAUCUCUUCUUGGUGCGCUGCUGCAACUUUGGCUACCCGUCAGAGGUUGUGGAUAUAAAGGUUUUUCGAUGGAAUCAGGAUGACAACGCGUGGGAGACGGUUGAAACUAUUGGGGACAGAACAUUUUUCGUUGGCAGGUUUUCUUUCGCUGUCCCAUCGGCGGCUGAAGCAGGAACCCAGCCCAACUGCAUCCAUAUGCUUCACAGAGAUUGCGGUGAAGCUGGUGUCUAUACCAUGUCUCUGGACAAUAUGACCAUAAGGCUCAGUGUAGUCAAGGGAUGUGAUGAGGACCAACUACUCUGGGCUCUUCCUACUAGCUUCGGUUUGAAAGCAGUACGAUCCAUUGACACUCCUGAUGAUGUCUCCAAUGAGGCGAUUCAAAGAAGAACUGCACAUUGCAGCGGAGAGGAAGAAAAAGAGGGCACUGAGCGGUGGUGUGAACUCGACACCGACUUGCUGCAGCUACUACUAUCCAAGAUUUCAUUCAUCGAUUUCAUACACAUUAAUGCUGUCUGCAAGCAGUGGAACUCCAAUAACAGCCCGAUCCAAGAUGCAAAAGUGUCGCCAUUGCUCAUGACAGCUCGGUCAGCAGGAAGGACCAAGGAGGAUCUUCUCGAGAUUUUCGGUCCAGUGAGCAAGAAGAAAUACGUCAUCAGGGUUUACAUCCCCGCUUCAGGUCUCAAAUCACAGGGAUCGCAUUUAUUGCAUUUCACAAAGAAUGGUUGGGUCAUCAUGUCAAGAAGCGGCGACCACAUGUUCUUCCUAGUGAAUCCAUUCAAGAAUUACUCGGAUGGUGGCCAUGUGAUUGCUCUUCCACCUUUGGAUGUCCUUGGCCUCAAAGGAUUGUCGUUUUCUUCGGUGCCAGGUUCUUCAGACUUCGUGGUCCUCGCCGUAGGAUCUACCCCUGGCGGCGAAGUUAUCAUUAUACAAACUUGGCGAAUGGGAGAUGAAGAGUGGAAGGAAGAAUGCUUAAGCGACGAUGAUGCACCGUUCUUCAUGGCAUCUCACAGCCCCGUCUUCCUAGACGGAGUCUUCUAUUUUCUGGACAUCAAUGGCAGGCUUGGAGUCGUGGACCCGAACGAGGAUGAGAUGGAAUUUUGCGUCCUCAAAAAGCCGGAUCAACCAAUACGUGGAAGCGAUGAUGUGCAUCUUCGUGAACGGGAGUGCAACUAUCUGGUGGAGUGGAAGGGGGAGCUAAUUGCCAUUUUCCGGAAGAAUGCCAAUGGAUUGAUCAGAAUGUUCAAGCUAGACCGGUCUCAGAUGCUUUGGGCGGAGUUGCAAGGUAUGGAGGAUGCGGGGGUGUUCUGGGAUAGGAGCAAUGCUCUGAUUGCUGUUCCUCUGGCUGGAGAAGAUUUAUGUAACAUGAUGUUCCUACUGAACUAUACUGAGACUGAAGGUGGUGGAAGGACGCAGGCAUUCUACUCAUUUCGGGAGCAAUGCUACUACCCUUCCUUCUGUGCCAAGGAGCGCAUGAACGCCAUAUGGUUCCAGCCAGACAUGGAUGUAUUUACGUUGACUCACCACUAGUGCAUGUUAUUUCCAUGUUGACUGAGAGCCUAGCCAGGAGUUCUUGGAAAUUCAUCGCACCAUAGAUAGAGCUAGCUAAGGAACAAACUACGGGGUCUAAACAUCUAAUGCUAUAUUACUGGCAAGCGAACCAUCAUGUUUCUUCGCUUAUGCUAAAUCAUAUG